AUCAAGUCUGAAAGCAGACGCGCAACUUUCGCAGAAUCCACCUUAAAAUCUCUGCCUUAAACUGCACCAGCCCCCAAAAAAUCCAAGGGGGGAAAGCGAGGGGGGGGAGAGCAGGUUCCCCCUCCCCCCUCUCCUCUCCCAUCCCUCCCCCUUCCUCCUCCCUUGGAGUUAACAAGGCCCCGCUCACCGUAUCUCUUUAUAUUAAAAAUAUAUAUAUUAGAGAAGAGCGAGGGAGAGGGAGAACCACCUCCGCCCCCUCUUUUUUGUUGUUGUUUUUUUUAUUUUUUAUUUUUUAUUUUAUUAUUAUUAUUUUUUUUUUUUUGCAAGGAUCCCAAGAGCUAAGGUGGCUGCAGAGGGGACCGCGGCGCACGCCAAGUGGGGGAGGGUGGAGGAAACCCGGGAGAAGGCUUUCACCAGCCCCCAAAGUUUUGAUGAUGACCAUGACUACGAUGGCUGACGGCUUGGAAAGCCAGGACUCGUCCAAAUCCGCCUUCAUGGAGUUCGGGCAGCAGCAGCAGCAGCAACAGCAGCAGCAGCAGCAGCAGCCGCCCCAGCAGCCGCCGCCGCCGCCGCCGCCGCAGCAGCCGCCGCCGCCGCCGCCGCACCCGCAGCAGACCUCCCCGGCCAUGGCAGGCGCGCACUACCCGCUGCACUGCCUGCACUCGGCGGCGGCGGCGGCGGCGGCGGCCGGCUCGCACCACCACCACCACCAGCACCACCACCACGGCUCGCCCUACGCGGCGGGCGGAGGCAACUCCUACAACCACCGCUCGCUCGCCGCCUACCCCUACAUGAGCCACUCGCAGCACAGCCCUUACCUCCAGCCCUACCACAACAGCAGCGCGGCCGCCCAGACGCGAGGGGACGACACAGAUCAACAAAAAACGACAGUGAUCGAAAACGGGGAAAUCAGGUUCAAUGGAAAAGGGAAAAAGAUUCGGAAACCUCGGACCAUUUAUUCCAGCCUGCAGCUCCAGGCUUUAAACCAUCGCUUUCAGCAGACUCAGUACCUGGCCCUGCCCGAGAGAGCCGAACUGGCAGCUUCCUUAGGACUGACCCAGACGCAGGUGAAGAUUUGGUUUCAGAACAAGCGCUCCAAGUUUAAGAAACUGCUGAAGCAAGGCAGCAACCCUCACGAGAGCGACCCCCUCCCCGGCUCGGCGGCUCUGUCACCGCGCUCACCGGCACUGCCCCCGGUGUGGGACGUUUCGGCCUCGGCCAAGGGCGUCAGUAUGCCCCCCAACAGCUACAUGCCCGGCUACUCGCACUGGUACUCCUCUCCACACCAGGACACCAUGCAGAGACCACAGAUGAUGUGAGCUGUCCGAGGAACGCCCCAAGAAGGCGUCUGCACCAGGCAAGCAGGAUCUGGGACCUGCUGGCCUCUGCCAGACGGAGCCAAAGGAGCAGGCUCGGGAGAACUCGUAGGUGUGGCGAGCAGCCAGCGGGGCGCUUGUGUGCGCUGUCUCUCUCUCUCCCUCUCUCUCUCUCUCCCUCUCUCUCCCUCUCUCUUUCUUUCUUUACUUUCUUUUCAUUCCUCUUUACCUUUCCUCCUUUCUUUUUUCCUUUCCUUUGCUCAUCAACCUUGUAACCCUGAGCAGCCUCAGUAAUUGAUCUUGCAUCACACACAAACACACACACACACACACACACAUGGUGGGGGGUGGGGGAGGAGAGAGAGAGAGAGAGAGCGAGCGAGCGAGCAUGCAACUGGUCUCUAUGCCAGCACUCCUGAAGCCCCUCACUGUAAGGAUAUUUCCCCUUACCCCUGGGAUCCAGGCUCUGAGCCUCCUCUUCUCUUUGGUAUCCAUCAAAGUGACUUUUUUUUUUUUACACACA